AUGGGAUUUUUCAUUCGCGACCUUCACAAUCACAUUGUCGCCCUUCAGAAGAAACAAUGUGUUGAACAUACAAAUAAGAAACCAUUUACUGUCUUUCGUGGUCAAGGAUUAUCGAAAGAUGACUUUGAUCGAUUGGUGAAGACCCAAGGUGGCCUUAUAUCAUUUAACAAUUUUCUAUCGACCAGCACGAAACAGCAAGUAUCCUUGAAUUUUGCUCGUCGAGCCACCGCAACAUCCGAUCUCGUUGGUAUUUUAUUCGACAUUAAAAUUGAUCCUUCUAUUCCUUCAACACCAUUUGCUAACGUCCAUGAUGUUAGCUAUUUCAAAGGAGAAGAAGAAAUUCUCUUUUCCAUGAAUUCCAUUUUUCGUAUUGGUCCAAUGAAACAACUCGAUGGAAAUAAUCGUCUUUGGCAAGUCAAUUUAAUAUUGACUGGUGAUAACGAUCAAGAUCUUCAUAUGCUUACUGAACAAAUGCGUAAAGAGAUCCAUCCUGAUAAAAAAGGAUGGGAUCGCUUAGGUCACUUACUGAUUAAAUUAGGACAGUUCAACAAAGCCGAAGAGGUUUAUGAUAUCCUGCUUGAACAAACAACAAUUGAUUUAGAAAAGGCAUCCAUCAAUCAUAUGCUAGGUAUGGUGAAACAUGGUCAAGGUGAAUAUAAAGAUGCCAUUACAUAUUAUAAAAGAUCCAUUAAAAUUGAAGAGAAAAUGCUCUCACCUACCCAUGCCAAUUUCGUUGCUUCUUACAACGGUAUUGGUUUGGUCUAUGCGAAGAUCGGUGACUAUUCGAAUGCACUUUCCUAUCAUCAAAAAGCACUCGAAAUCAACCAAAAAGCUCUUCCUCCAAGUCAUUCACAUUUGGCUAUGCCUUACAACAACAUUGGUAUGGUGUAUCAUAAGAUGGGCGACUAUUCGAAUGCACUUUCAUAUUAUCAAAAAGCACUGGAAAUCAACCAAAAAGCUCUUCCUUCAAAUCAUCCUGAUUUGGCUACUUCUUACAGCAACAUUGGUAUGGUAUAUCAUAAGAUGGGUGACUAUUCGAAUGCACUUUCGUAUUAUCAAAAAGCACUGGAAAUCUACCAAAAAGCUCUACCUUCAAAUCAUCCUGAUUUGGCUACUUCUUACAACAACAUUGAAGUAGCAGGACAAAUAGUUCUCUAUAAUUGUCAUCAUGGUAAACCAUCAAUACAAGAAAUAAAAGAAAAAAUUAACAAUGAUAAACCUGAUCGAAUUAUUAUUAUAAUAAAUGAAAAAAAUUCUUCAAAACUUAUUGAUACAAUCAAUGAUCAUCUUUUAAUUCCUCUCUAUGUGGCACAAGCAACAACGACUUCUUAUUCACCUAUUCCUGUACUUUUAUUAACAUGCAUAUCAAAUGAUAAUAAUUUAAAUAUAAUUCAAAAUGCAACUGAUCAAUUAAUUAAUAUUUAUUCACAUAUUGUCAAUGCAAAACUUCUAACACCUGUAAAUGAUGAAGAUAUCAAUGAAAACUAUUUUGAAUCAUUAUGGACAACAAAUCCUGAAGAAUUUCAUCAUAUAACAGUACUUUCUGAUAUUUUACCUAUAUUAUUAGCAUUAAUACAUGAUGGUAAAGUAAAUGGUCAAAUCAAUAUUUGUAAUAAAGGUACAAUAUCAUUGAAAUAUUUUAAAACAAUUUAUUCAAAUGAAAUUAAACAAGAAAAUAUCUUACCUCAAUCAGUUCCAAUCGAUGAUAUUACAGAUAAAUUUGAACAGUGGAAUAAACAAAUGAUUUCACCUGAAACACGACAACUUUAUCAAGCAUCUUUUUUAUUACCAAAUGUAUUAAAAAGUAUUGAACAAAUUUUACAACAACAAAAAAUUCAUAUGAAUCGAAAUACAUCAAAAAUUUUACUUGUUACUGGUGGUUGUGGAUUUAUUGGAAGUACAUUUAUCAAUCAUUGGAUUGAAACAUAUCCAAAUGAUAAAAUUAUUAAUAUUGAUCGACUUGAUCCUGUUGCUAAUAUGAAAAAUAUUUCAAAUCCAAAUUCACCUAAUUAUACAUUUAUUCUUGCAGAUAUUAAUAAUAAAGACAUUGUCUUACAUCUUUUUAAUCAAUACAAUAUUACACAUAUUGUUCAUUUUGCAGUUCAAGCUCAUCUUGAUAGUUCAUUUGGUAAUAGCAUCACAUUUACAGAGUCAAAUGUCUAUGGAACUCAUUCAGUACUUGAAGCAAGUCGAAUUUAUGGUAAAAUUCAAAAAUUUAUUCAUAUUAGUACUGAUGAAGUUUAUGGUGAAACACCAUCUGGUAGUAAUCAAGAAAUUUGUCUUCUUAAUCCUCUUAAUCCAUAUGCAGCAACAAUAGCUGCAGCUGAAUUUCUUGUUAAAUCUUAUGGUGAAAGUUUUAAAUUACAAUAUUGUAUUAUUCGUUUAUGUAAUGUCUAUGGACCAAGACAACAUUUUGAAAAAGUUAUUCCAACAUUUAUUAAUACAUUAUUACAUGGAGAAAAAAUAAAAAUUCAUGGUGAUGGUAAACAAAUACGUCAUUUUAUUUAUGUUGAUGAUGUUAUUCAUGCUAUUGAAAUUAUUUUAAAUAAAGGAAAAACAAAAAUGAUUUAUAAUAUUGGAACAAAAAAUGAAUUAAAUGUUCUUGAUAUAGCAAAAUAUAUUUUAGAAAAACUUCAAUUAAAUAAAAAUCUUGAUGAUGUUAUUAUAUAUGUUAAACCACGAUCAUUUUCUGAAAAACGAUAUUGUACAACAAUAUCUGGAUUAGUAAAAUCUCUUGGUUGGAAAGAAGAAAUAUCAUUUGAUCAAGGAUUAGAAAAAACUAUCGAAUGGCUUCAAUUAAAUCCUGAUUAUUGGACAAAAUAA